UCAGCCGGCACUUGCACAACAAAUUUUCCGCCGCAUGUGUUUAGUUUAAGCUUAACAUAAAUAAAACAAAAUGCGUUUAACUAAUGUAUUAUUGAAGAAAGUUAAAAGCAAGCGCAUUAUGGUCGUGCUUGAGAGCGUCGUGAGUGGCCAUCAGUUCAAUGCGUUCCGGGAGCGCUUGGCGGACAAAAUAGAAGUUGUACGCUUCGAUCCUUAUAUUCAAAAGGAAAGCUUAUAUCGCGAGCGUAAGAAAAUUCGUAGCGCUGCUUGAAGCAAUUGCACCUUGGAGAGAAGCUGUAUAAAUAAUAAAUUGUUGGCAAUGGAUUGCGCGUGUUGUGUUUUUUUUUAUAAUAAAUACAAAAUACAAGUGGCUUGCUAUAAACAAAAACUUUUACAUGGAGCAGCUUUACAGUUUGACAUGGAGUUUUGGCCGCCUCUGCACUUGUUGCAUUAAUUAUGUAUUAUGUAAUUAAAUAUUAUAGACAAUAAGAAGUUGCUGCAUUUGCGUGUGU